AUGACUUCGCCAAAUGGCUCAAAGGGGACUCUCGUGGAGAGUCUCCUAAAAACCGAUCCCAAAUCUCAGGAAGAGCUCGAGAAAGCCAUAGCAGAGAAGCAUAUGGGAUAUGCUCUAGAGGCUGCACAGAGGAACGGGGAGCUGAUUGGCAACAACUCCACAAAACCAGUCACAAUCUCCUCGAUUAGACUCCUUGGUCCUACACACACAAGAAGAUCGUUCCUGGACGGCAUAUUCAAGCCUUUACUUAGUGCAAGCAGAGAUGAGCCAUACACAUUGUCAGAAGCAUUGCAGGAACUUAGCACAGCUACAAAUAAACUCCGUCGACAUGGUAUUUUCCACGAUGAUAUCUCCAUGUUCAUUGAUAAACCCGACCCUGCCGACCCCUCAUCUACUCCCUCCGAUAUCGAUAUAUUUAUUCGUGCGCGCGAGCGGGGUGUUCUUACUUUGAAAACUGGCACUGAUCUUGGGAAUGCCGAAGGCUCGGCAUAUGGAAAUGCACAAUGGCGCAACAUAUUUGGGGGUGCCGAAACCUUGAAUGCCAAUGCUUCUACAGGUACACGAACUCGUUCUGCGUACCAAGCUAUAUUUGAGACGCCAAUCUUGAGUGACCCCGACAAGAGGGUUGCUGUGGAUGUUUUGUCAAGUUCGACUAGUAAGCCCUGGGCAAGUCACGAAGAAGUCCUCAAAGGCGGGGGUAUAAAAUAUAGCUGGGCAUCAGGUGGCGGCAGCUCACAUCAAGUUGGAUACAACGGGGUAUGGAGACAGGUGACAGGUCUGGCUGGGAAUGCAUCACCUACGGCUCGCAACGAUGCAGGAGAUACAGUUAAGAGCAGUAUUACACAUACAUGGUUCAAAGACGAACGAAAUCACCCUAUACUGCCGAAUCAAGGAUACCUCCUCAAGACGAUCUCUGAAAUUGCCGGUUGGGGACCUUUAAAAGGAGACGUGGGAUUCUGGAGAUCGGAAAUAGAAUCUAGUGGUGCAGUCAAAGUUCCUGGCAUCCCAGGCGCAAGCUUAACGGCAGGUAUCAGAGCAGGAAUGCUGUAUCCAUUAGGAGUCGGAUUUGGCACUGCAGCCAAGCCUUCACGUAUAAAUGAUAGAUUUCAACUCGGAGGACCAACGGACGUUCGUGGAUUCAAGAUUGGUGGUCUUGGACCUCGAGACAGACAAGAUGCGGUUGGAGGCGACAUCUACGCAGCUUCAUCUAUCAAUCUUCUGCUUCCGUUCCCUCGCGUAGAUAUUUCCACUCCACUACGCCUCCAGCUAUUCGCCAAUGCCGGCCGACUCCUUGCACUCAAGAAUACAGAAAGCAAUACUAGUAAAAAGGUAUAUGGCACAGUGGCGGAACUUGGUAAAGAGAUUCCAAGCCUGGCGGUCGGGAUAGGGAUGGUAUAUGCACACCCUGUGGCAAGAUUUGAAUUAAAUUUCGGUCUACCCAUCGUUGUUAGAAAAGGGGAAGAAACCAGAAAGGGCCUGCAGUUCGGAGUAGGCAUCAACUUUCUAUGA